CACGAGAGCAGAGCCCACGAGAAACAGAGCAAUAGAGAACCAGAGCCGAGAACGCUCGAGACUUACACGCUGUUAGCCUCGAGGACAACACGCGCACAGCAUAGCUUUCCUUUUACCUGCGCACAAAAACCACUACUUAUAAUGUCUUCUCUAUCCAGAAAAACCUCCAAGAAAAAGAGCAUCCCACAAAGAGGAGAGAAGGGCCGCUUCAUCAAGAAGACUGAUACAAGUUCGGACACUCUAGACUGCACCUCAGAAGAUUCAUCUCCACUUGACACCCCGGAGAUAAACAAGCGCACCUUAGAUCAGGAGACAUCACAGUCAGAACAAGAAGUCGACAACCAGCUCAUAUUUGACGACGACGAAGAAUCAUUAGCAGGAGCCCCGAAUCCAAACACCAUCAUUCCAAUCCCAGAACAGCCAGCGCCAUUCACCGCGAUCCCAUUCCCAGCCACGCAACCUCCGCAGAGGUUCACGAGCUUCAGCACGAAUAUAGCAAAACCAGCGCAAAAGACACGUGCCCAACCAAUUGUUAGUUUGAAACCGAUUCAAUACACGACAAUGGCCAACGUACCAGCGCCAUCAACGUUCAAAGGAAUCGAGACAGAAAAUCCCCAAAACUUCCUACGGGAAGUGGAGAGGUAUAUCUACCUUAAUCGAAUCACGGACGAAACCACCAAGGUCAUUAUAUUCAUGCAAGACGCAGGAGUCACAAACGCACCAGUCUUUAUCCAUCAAGUUCGAGAAGGACUACCACGCGUAAUCCGCGACCUCACAUCGCCAGCGCCCGCAACGUGGACUGCCUUUCUAGACGAGAUCAAAAACGCAGAUGUCGACGUUAUUCAGGAUAAAGCGAGAAGAGAAAAGGAGACGAAAGAAGCAGAGAAGGCACAGAACGCAAGGAUCGCCAGGCUCGAAAAUAAGCAGACAGACCCGGUGGAGAUCUUACGCUUGCAAAUGCAGCGAGCGUCCAUAGGACCAGCCUCCAACACUAUGCAGAUAGCCACAGCGCAGCCCAGACCACAAACGCCCACUUCCAAUCAGAAUCUCCCAGCUCGCCGUCAACUUCGUUAUGUAGCAGCGAACCAAAACGCACAAGGACCACGUGCACGAGGCACAUUCAACAGAGCAACAGCGCCGCAGAUCAACAUCGUAUUCGACAACCUAUACACGCUCGAAACAGAAGAACAGGGAAAUGGCAACGGGUCGUCGGUAUAG